AGCCUUGAUCCCCGAGCGGACAUUGUCUUAUUACUUCUCCAGUGAGGAUUGUUUCUACAGCACUUUCAAAAAAUGAACUCAGACAUCUCAGAAGCCUUCCAGAAAGAGCUCACCUGCCUCAUGUGCCUGAAUUACCUUCUAGACCCUGUCACCAUAGGCUGUGGACACAGUUUCUGUAGGUCCUGUCUCUGUCUUUUCUGGGAGCAAGCCAAAGAUCUUGCCAGUUGCCCAGUGUGCAGGCAAAGAUCAGAGCAGAAAAACCUCAAAACCAGUUUUCUUCUGAAGAAUCUGGUGUCCAUUGCCAGAAAAGCAAAUCUCAGGCAAUUCCUGAACUCUGAGGAACAUAUGUGUGGGACCCAUAAGGAGACAAAGAAGAUCUUCUGUGAAGCCAACAAGAGCUUGCUCUGUUUGAUCUGCUCUCAAAGUCAGGAGCACAGGGCUCACAGGCACCGUUCCACUGAAGAAGCUGUUGAGGAAUACUGGGAGAAGCUGGCAAAUGAAAUGAGAUCUUUAUGGGAAAAGAUCCAAGAAAUUGAAAGAAAUCUCAAGAAAAAUGGGAGAGGAACUGACCCUUGGAUGGAGGAAGAAAAUUACUACUUAGGGAGUAUUAUAAAAGAAAGCCAAAAGAUUUGUAAGCAAAUCAGAGAAAGACAAGAGGAAAUGAGUGGAAAGAAGACAGACCUCAAAGUAAUAUACAAAGAGCUCAUGAAAAUGUCCUAUAAACCAGAUGUGGAGCUGCUCCAGGAAUUGGGAGACAAACUGAAAUGGAGUGAGUCAGCACAGCUGCACAUGCCUCAGCCUCUGCUGCCAGAACUCCGUGCACGACCCAUCACUGGGCUGAUGGACUGGCUCAACCGCUUCCGAGUAAAAAUUUCAUUCAAUAAUGAAGUAAGCAGCCAGCACAUCAGGCUGUUUGAUGAUGCAAGAAGUUUGAAGUAUGAGCAUGACAGCCUCUAUGUGGCUUUGGAUGGCAGAACAUCGAAGUAUUUUGCUGCAUGGGGAUCCCAGGGCUUCACCUCUGGCAAACAAUACUGGGAGGUGGAUGUGGACAGCUCUUGGGACUGGGCUGUAGGCGUCUGUAAGGAUUCUUGGACAAGGAAAGAUGACGGCAUACUGAAGGAAUCCAACAGGGACAACUUUCUCCUUGUGUGUGUGAAGGAGGGUCAUCAUUACCGUCUCUGGACCACCAUCCCGAACACUCCUCUGUACAUAGAGAAACCUCAGGGCAGGGUUGGCGUGUUCCUUGAUUUUGACAGUGGGAGUAUGGGUUUUGUGGACGUUGCCAAGCGCUCCCUCCUUUGGAGGUAUGAGGAUGGCCUGUUCACUUUCCCUGUCAGGCCUUUCAUUUGCACUGGCCACACGUGA